GUUGUACUUGCACUAUUUUUUAUAGUGGUGGUUUUACCUCUGUAAAGAGGGUUUUUCCGGUUUCAAUAAUCUUUGGUCUCAUCUCUAUUUUUUUCGGCUUGCGGUUUCUUUGUUCUUCGAUCGGCUACUAGUUUGUUUCUUUCGUUGCGUGGGAAGUUUUGUGUUAAAUUUCCCAACAAAGUGGUAUCAGAGCCAGGUUAGGUUCGGGUGGUUCUAGUAGUUUUCGAGGAUGUCGAGUUCGGGUUCGGGGUCUCACUUUUCCGUGCCUAAGUUUGAUGGAAAGAGUAGCUUCACUCUUUGGCAAAGAAGGAUGAAGGAUCUCCUUGUGCAUUUGGGUUUGUCUAGAGCCCUUAAAGGAGAUGAGGCGAAGCCGGAGAAAAUGAGUGACAAUGAUUGGCAGGAGUUGUGCGAGAAGUGUGUCAGUACCAUCCGGUUGUGUAUUGCAGACUCUGUCGUUAAUUGUGUUAUUGACGAGGAAUCUCCGGCGGCGAUAUGGGAGAAGUUGGAAAAGCUGUACAUGGCGAAAAGCUUGACCAACAAGCUUCUUUUGAAGAGGCGGUUGUAUCGGUUGCGGAUGGAGGAUGAGGACACCUUGGUUGGACACAUGAAUGUGUUCAAUGGUUUAAUAGACGAGCUGAAACGGUUUGAUGUUAAAAUCAGUGAGGAGGAUCAGGCAUUGCUUCUCCUUAAUUCUCUCCCAGAUUCCUAUGAGGUUUAUGUGGAUACCAUACUGUGCGGCAAGGACACGAUUACCUUGGAGCAGGCACAAUCAGCUUUGUUGUCGUUUGAUGCGAGGAGGAAAGACAAAGCUGGGGUACGGAGUGACGAUGCAGUCGCGGCAAUUGCUCAUGGUGGUGGGAGAGGUCGUUCGUCUAUUAGGGACAAUAAAUCAAAGCACGAGAGGUCUAAGUCCCAGAACGCAUCUAAGAACGAGGUGCGUUGUUACAAGUGUGGCGAGCUCGGGCAUAUUAGGAGGGAUUGUCCUAAGAAGCGUGAGGGGAAAAAUGAUGCCAACUUGGAACAUUUUGAGACACUUCAGGAAGGCAUGACUAAGGUUUUGAGGUUAGCGGAUAACUCGACGGUGGCGGUCAUGGGUGUUGGAGUGGUGAAAAUGAAAAUGUUCGAUGGGGUGGUGAGGACUUUGGGUAAUGUUGCGUAUGUUCCCAAGUUGCGGCGGAAUCUCAUCUCACUUAGUCAAUUGGACUCCGAGGGGUGCGAGUACAAGGCUUGCGGGGGAGUGGUUAGAGUGACUAAGGGUAACACAGUUGUGAUCAAGGGGGAGCUAGAUCACGGUUUGUAUGGUAUGGUGGGUCAUGCGGCUAAAAGCGGCUCAAAUCAUAAUAGUGGUUGUCAUGUCUCGUUCGUGGAUGAGGCGACAAUGGUUCAUGGCUUCUAGGGUCUUGCCGAACACACUUGGGCUUGAGGGGGAGAUUGUUGGGACUAUUUCCCAAAAUUGUCCAGCCCAAGUUUUUUUAAGGUGCAUGAAUUAGCAUUUGGAAAGACAAAUGUGGUAAUUGUGAGUUAUUGCAUUUGGGAGGCUUUUCAUUUGUCUUGGGUGGCAGUUUUUUUUCUAACUUAAUGUUUUUCUCCUAUAUUUAAAGCCUUGCAUAGGCUUUGG